GCAGCACAUACAUGAAAAUCAUAAUGCAGUGCUUAUCGUAUCAUAGUUAGCAGUUCCUGUUUGGUAACUGAUGUUAAUCCCCUUGUAAUUACAGGAUCAAUGCACCAGGUUGUGGACCUCUGUAGAAAUAUUACUGAAAUGGAAGAGUUUCAACUUUCAUUGAUGACAAAAUAGCUGGACCAAAUGGAGUAACAGACAGUGUGAGAAAUAAAUCUGACAGAGGAUGCAUCCAAUGCUGCGGAAUCUUCAAUUCAGAUGUCCUCUGGGGGCACCUUGAGUCAGCAUCUAGCCUGUACCUCAUGGAGAAGAAAGGAUUAAGAACUGAGAAAGGGCUGUUUCUGGUCUGCAUGAUGAUAGAAGGAAGCAAAGAAGCGAAACAGGAGACCAGAGAUUUCAAAUUCAGGAAGAAGAGCAAGUCUGUUGUUGCAGGAGGAGCUGAAUUUCUAUUCAGUGUUCUACACAAAGAACUUCUUUAUCCUGCUGUGGAUUUGGAAAAUUUUCCUCUUGGUGCCACUGGCUUCAAUUUUCUUUCAGCAAGCAACAUGGAAAUAUCAAACUCCUGAAAAACAUGGCAUGUUUAAACUCAGUGCUGUGAGAAGCAGAAUGCUGCUCUAUAAAGAAGCCCUGCUGAGAAAAAACAUCCUGGAGACUCAUUCAGCUUUGUCUUACAAUGAGAAACAAGCAUCUCUGCUUCUGUAUUAAACUUUCUGCAUUUUGAGACCUGAAGAUAAGAAGCCAAGAUGAAACCACUGUGCCUUGAAGUAGAGAACAAAGCAAGGCACAUAAUACUCCAGAGCUUCAAAAUCAGAAGUAAAUUCAUCUGGACAGUUGCCACCUGCCUUCCUAAGUAGGAGGAAAGAGGGAUUAUCGGUGCCUGCCUCAUUUGCUUCACCAAAAUGAGAUAGGGCAUGCAGGAGAGAAGGGAUAGUUUUGCAAGUGGAAGCUACAAUGAUUUCUCAGGGGACACAAUUUUGCUUAUUCAUACCUUUUACUGUGGCAAAAAUGGAGUAUUUUCCUUACCAAAAACCAGCAGCAUAACGCCUAUCAGACACUUGCCUCAAGGAAAUCUUAUGAAAAGUCUGUUCACAAUGGAUGCCUUCUAGCCAAUCGGCGAGUCCUGCUGCUGCCUCAUGUCUGGCAGCAUCUCUGAAUGAUCACAUGACUCUUGAUAUGGAUGCAGUCCUGUCAGACUUUGUUCGGUCCACAGGGGCAGAACCAGGUCUGGCCAGAGACUUACUAGAAGGCAAAAACUGGGACUUGACAGCAGCUUUAAGUGACUAUGAGCAGCUCCGGCAGGUGCACACCGCCAACCUGCCGCAGGUGUUCAACGAGGGCAAGUACUGCAAGCAGCCCGAGCCCGAGCAGCCUCCUCAGGUGACAAAGGCCGAGCGGCCCUGCCUGCAGCGGCAGGAUGACAUCGCUCAAGAAAAGCGGCUUUCCAGAGGCAUUUCUCAUGCCAGCUCAGCCAUAGUCUCUCUUGCUCGAUCACAUGUAGCAAAUGAAUGCAGCAAUGAACAAUUUCCUUUGGAGAUGCCCAUCUACACAUUCCAGCUGCCAGACCUUAGUGUGUACAGCGAAGAUUUCAGAAGCUUCAUUGAACGUGACUUAAUUGAGCAGGCAACAAUGGUUGCUUUGGAGCAAGCAGGUCGUUUGAACUGGUGGUCCACAGUGUGUACAAGCUGCAAACGUCUUCUUCCCUUGGCCACAACAGGUGAUGGAAACUGCCUCCUGCAUGCUGCCUCUUUAGGAAUGUGGGGAUUUCAUGACCGGGAUCUUGUUCUACGGAAAGCACUCUACACUAUGAUGAGAAGUGGAGCUGAAAGGGAAGCACUGAAAAGAAGGUGGAGAUGGCAACAGACCCAGCAGAAUAAGGAGUCAGGUUUAGUGUAUACAGAAGAAGAAUGGGAGCGGGAGUGGAAUGAACUGCUUAAGCUGGCAUCAAGUGAGCCUCGCACGCAUUUCAGCAAAAAUGGAGGCACUGGUGGUGGGGUUGAUAAUUCAGAAGAUCCAGUGUAUGAGAGCUUAGAAGAGUUCCACGUUUUUGUCUUGGCCCACAUUUUAAGACGACCUAUUGUGGUAGUAGCAGACACAAUGUUACGAGACUCUGGUGGAGAAGCAUUUGCACCUAUACCAUUUGGAGGAAUUUAUUUGCCACUUGAAGUUCUACCUAACAGAUGCCAUUGCUCACCUCUGGUUCUAGCCUAUGAUCAGGCACAUUUCUCUGCUCUUGUUUCCAUGGAACAAAAAGAUCAACAGAGAGAGCAAGCGGUGAUCCCCCUGACUGACUCUGAACAUAAGCUACUGCCUUUGCACUUUGCGGUCGAUCCUGGGAAAGACUGGGAAUGGGGAAAAGAUGACAAUGACAACACCAAACUGGCCAAUUUGAUUCUGUCUCUUGAGGCAAAGCUUAAUCUUCUGCACAGCUAUAUGAAUGUAACGUGGAUACGCAUACCAUCUGAAACACGGCAGGCCCCUUUGGCUCAACCAGAAUCCCCUACAGCUUCAGCUGGGGAGGACGUUCAAUCUCUGGCUGACUCAAUGGACUCGGACCGAGAUUCCAUCUGUAGUAAUUCCAACGGCAGUAAUGGAAAAAACAAUAAAGAAAAAGAAAAGGACAAACAGAGGAAGGAUAAAGACAAAAACAGGACGGAUUCAGUUGCCAAUAAAAUAGGAAGCCUCAGUAAAACCCUAGGAAUUAAGCUGAAAAAGAAUAUGGGCGGUCUUGGAGGCCUGGUGCAUGGCAAAAUGAGCAGGGCAAAUUCAGGGAAUGGAAAAAACGGUGACACCAUGGAGAAAGUCAAAGAGAAGAAGUCUAAGUCUCGAAAAGGAAGCAAAGAAGAGUCUGGGCAGUCUGCAAGCACUUCUCCAUCUGAAAAGACCACCCCAUCUCCUACUGACAGAGCUAGCAACUCACCCAUUGAAAAGAUGAACACAAAAUCCUUGUCUGACAAGCAGGCUGAUCCAUGGAAAUACAGCACUGAUGUGAAACUCAGCCUCAAUAUUUUGAGAGCGGCCAUGCAGGGUGAACGCAAGUUUAUUUUUGCUGGCCUUCUUUUGACCAGCCACAGGCAUCAGUUCCAUGAGGAGAUGAUUGGUUAUUACCUAACCAGCGCGCAGGAGCGUUUCAAUGCUGAGCAGGAACAGAAAAGAAAGGAUGCUGAGAAAAAGGCUGCGCUGAAUGGGUCAUCUAGUAGGAAGCUGGAGCCAGAAGCGUAUUCAAAAGAGAAGUCAGAAACAUCUCCUCAGGAUCGGGCAUCACCUGUCUUGCCUCAAAGCCAUACGACUCAACUGGUUUUAAAAUUUAAAGAUCGCACUAGUCCCACUCCGGGGUCAUUUUCUUCACCUAGUAAUGGUGCUAAGAAAAGUGGACCCAUUCCAGUGUCUGCCCACUAUAGCCAUACACCACCUGUUCAAAGACAGAGUGUCAUCCAUUUGCAUGAUGUCAACUCCAAGCCAUCGAGCUUCCAAGAUGACACUUACAAGCCAGUGGUUGGCACAUUAAAAACCUGUGCCACGUAUCCCCAACAAAACAGAUCACUGUCUUCUCAGAGCUACAGCCCGGCCCGGAUAACUGGUAUCCGCACAGUGAACACAGUGGAAUCACUGAGCUAUGCCAUGCCUACUGAACACAAGUCUCAGACAUACACUAAUGGAUUUAAUACUGGCGACAUUAGAGACUGCUUAGAAUAUGCUGAUGAGGAUGCUCCUCAGACCUGGUUGAACAAUGAUAAAAAUCAAGGCAGAAGCACAGUUUGCCCAAUAUAUCCCAUCCAGCAAAACCGCUGUAAGAAGGAUAACUGUUCCUUUUAUGGUCGUCCUGAGACUGACAAUUACUGUUCGUACUGCUACAAAGAAGAGCUGAAGCGCAGGGAGAGGGAAAGUAAGGGACACAGGCAUUGAGGAUUCUUCCGUGACUAUAUUUAGUUUUACCAUUUUCUUACUUGCAGAGUAAACAGUGUUGAAUUGCAGUAAAAGGAAUCCUUCAAAAAAGAAUAAAGGAUUGAUGAGUAAAUAGUGUCUAGCUUUUCGCUUUUCCUGGGCAAUGAGGAAAUAAUAGGAUUAAUUUAUCAUAAAAAAAUAUAUAUUAUUUUCCAUUUUGUCAGUGUCUUUUUUACAUACUCUGGGUAAGCUGAAGGGUUGUUUACUUCUUUGUCAGUGCUGUGUGUAUGUUUGGUCAAAAAUUUACUAAUGGUGCCUGAAUUUACACUGACAUCACUCAGGUAGUAGUAUGAUAGGGGAAAGUCAUAAUACCGGAGAUGUGGUGUUGUAGUAGGGUAGUAUCUGCCUUGUAAACAUUUGAAAUUCUAUAGCUGUCAUGAGAGUAUUUUUUUCCUCAGCAAGAGUAAGUUUUUCUUUCUUUCUGGAGGGUAGCAACUUUUGCAUAACGCACACUUUUAAGAUGGCAGCAUACUGCACUAGCACUGAUGUUCAUACUCACUUUAGUUUGAGACGGGAUGAUUCUAGGAAACUGGAGGUGAAAGGUCUGAAUUCACGAGGGCUGUAGCUCUUCCUGAUUUUAAGUUCUCAGCAGUUAUUUGUACAUCUCCAUUAUAAAGUAGAUUUGCGCCAUUUUUACCUGUAUUGAAUUUGUAAACGCAUUUUAUAUAAAAACAUGACCUGCAAGACUUCACUUCCUAAGGGAAAAAAAAAAAAAAAAGACAAAGAAAAUUCAUAUAAAAUUCAGUAUAAUUUUGGGCACCUGAAUCUCAGUAUUUUCAUUGCUGCUAAAUUUGGGAAAAAAAACUAUUUUAAAAUCAAAAUCUAAAAAUUCUAUUAGAUUUGGAAAAUUUGAUGACCAGCUAGGAAAUGUAGGAUCAAUCUGGAGCUGAAUGAACUGCUUGUCAAAACAAAUGUAUUGCAUCCCCAGAUUGCCUUAGCCAUUAUAUAAAUGUAAUCGUUAUUUGUUUAUUCCUUUUCCAAUGUUGUUGACUGAUAGUUACUGCAAACAUAAUUACUUCUGAGCAUUUCUUGAAGACAUUUGACCCCUGUUUUUGUUUCAUCUUGAGCAAGUCAUACAUCUACCUGGAGGUUUCAAGAUGGCUAUAAAAUGCCUACAGGUACAAACGCCUUCUCCUAGCACAGAUGUGCACAAGUCUGAUUUCCAGAUACUUACAUAAAUAUUUGCAGUACCUUUGAAA